AUGGAUUUUGAUCCGCUUCUGCUCUUCACACCUGCCCCAAGUGAGCCCGAAUCUUCUGAAGCGUCUUAUUUCUCCAAUGACGCUCAAAAAACUCUUUUGGGUUCUCUCUCCAGCGGCGACAAUGCCGCUCCAGAUCUGGACUCUGAAAUCUCAGACGAGAUGACCUAUCUCCAUGUCCACGAUCUCCCACUUCUUGCCAUGAAGCCGCCAGCAGAAGUGCUACUUGUCUUUCUCCGGCUCUUGGCGCCCGACGAAAAGCGCAAUUUCGGUCCGGCCGAGGCGCUUUGUCUAGAUACCGAUGCUGUCUUUGCCAACAAGAACGUCGAGAGUCUCGUUACAGACACCCUCACUUGGCUUGGGCCCCGAAGUUGCCGGUUCCCGUCCCGUUCGCUGUUGGCUUCCGUUUCACAGCUCUCUGAAACUCUCCGCAAGGCUUUUCCUCAGGAAUACAACUCGUGGCUCACGCGAAUCAUCUCUUCUGAUCUAGCCUGGGUGUCUGCGCCUAAAGCAGAGGAAAUCAAGUCUUUGGCAUCGCUCCGGUUGGCAGAAAACUGCGGCAGAACAGCGCAGCCCGAGCUUUUGCGCCACAUUGACAUUCCUAGCCUUCCAAACCAAAUCCUCUUGAAGGAACCUUCUCUCACAGCAGAUAAUCUUGGGCUCAAGACUUGGGGCUCUUCUUUGGUUUUGAGCACUCGCUUGGCAAAAUCUCCGUCUUAUCUCAAUGGAUCUGUCCUUGAGCUUGGAGCAGGAACAGGCUUGGUCGGUAUGGUUUCUUGUCUUUUGGGUUUUGCUACAAUGUUGACAGACCUUCCGGAGAUCCUACCGAAUUUACAAGCCAAUGUGAAGCUCAAUGGAAUUACCAAUGCUGAAACAGCAGUAUUGGACUGGAGCAAUCCUCUGGCCUUCUUAGACCACCAUGGCGCUGUGACAUUUUCGACUAUUAUCUUGUCUGAUCCUCUUUAUUCGUCAAAGCACCCAAAGUGGAUUGUCGACAUGCUCAAUACUUUUCUCAGUGCAGACGAAGAUGCCAGAGUUCUUCUUCAGAUACCGCUUCGGCGCAAUUUCGAGAAAGAACGAGACCAUUUGUGGCGUUUACUAGAGGAAAACAAAUAUGAGGUUGAAGAGGAAGACUACGAUGAUGGCUACGAUGACUUUGGCGAAGUCAAGUUCUGCUUCAAAAAACUCCGUCGGUGUUCCAGGGCAACUUCGUGA